CCUGGGAAAUGAAGUCAUUUCGGUUCUUCCUCCCUCUUCUCUUCUGUUUCGCUUCUUUUUAUGUUGAGGUUGUGAGUAGCAUUGGUACUUCGGAUGGAGCAGAGGAAUGGGGUUAUGUCGAAGUAAGGCCAGGAGCACACAUGUUCUGGUGGCUCUACAGGAGUCCUCAAAGAGUGGACAAUGGCUCGACUCCAUGGCCAACUAUCCUGUGGCUGCAGGGUGGACCUAGUGUGUCCGGAAUUGGGAGUGAUAAGUCUACCUCAAUAAAUAGACCUGCCAAGCGAUCAUAUUCGCUCAACGAUUAAUUAAGAUAAAGGUCAAUAGAUCAAAAACCAUCAAACCGAUCAUUCUAAAGAGUGAUAAGUC